GUUGACGCUUGUGAGUGAACCGGGUGUCACGCGGUAGUAUUGUGACUGGCUGUUUACCCUCGGAGCCCACAGCUAAACUUCAUACCGUCAGACCUUUAGGAACUCUAAGCUAAUAUUUUUAAUAACAUGUAUCCCGAGGACAUUGGUAAACACGUCGCGGGCUGAACAGCUAAAUGUGGAGCAGUGCUAAGUGUUCAAGAACGGUUUGGAUUUUGGUCAGCUGACCACCUCUUGAGAAACAGCAUAUCAGGCCAUGGCUGGCAGGGAUGUAAACGAGAGCACUCCUCUUUUGGACAACUCUGUGGCUUCGACCAGAUCAGAGUCAGUGUUUAAUGGCAGGAGACUGGCAUGUGCUGCUAUACUGCUGGCAGAGUCUCUAGAGCGGAUGGCCUUCUAUGGCAUCACCUCGAACCUGGUGCUCUUCCUCAACAGCAGCCCCUUCUAUUGGGAGGGCACUUCGGCCAGCCAGGCCCCGUUGAUCUUCAUGGGAGUCACUUAUUUGAUAUCGCCUUUUGGUGGUUGGCUGGCGGAUGCGUUUCUUGGCAAGUUCGCAACCAUAGCCUUGAGUUUAGUUCUGUACCUGAUUGGGAUGCUGCUUUUCCCCUUUGUGGCCAACGACAGCACCAGGACCUCUCUGUGUGGAGAAGAGAUGGCAUUCCCAGUGCAGCCGGCGGAUUGUUUUUCUGAAAACGGGACUGUGCCUGCCAAUGUGACCUGCAUGAAUCGGCCGUCCUACUGUAGGCCUGCGAUCUACAGUGGUCUGGUGCUGGUGGCCGUUGGGGUGGGAGCUGUGAAAUCAAACAUCACUCCAUUCGGGGCAGAUCAGGUGAAGGAUCGAGGUCCGGAGGCAACGCGGCGGUUCUUUAACUGGUUCUACUGGUGCAUUAAUCUAGGAGCAAUCUUCUCGCUGGGUGGAGUAGCUUAUAUUCAGCAGAACGUUAGCUUUUUUAUUGGCUACAUCAUCCCUGCCGUCUGCCUCGGGGUGUCCCUCAUCAUCUUUGCCCUGGGCAGAACGGUAUUUAUAACCAAACCUGCAGACGGCAGUGCCUUCAGUGACAUGUUCCGGAUCCUGGCUUCGGCCCUCUGUGGACGCGGCCCAAAAGAACCAAGUCUGCUGAGGCCAAAGCCAUCUCUACUGGAUGGUGCUAAGGUGACAUACGGUGGGCGAUUUUCAGAGGAGAAGGUGGAGGAAGUGAAAGCGUUGGUUAAAAUACUUCCUGUUUUCCUGGCCCUCAUUCCGUACUGGACUGUCUAUUUCCAGAUGCAGACCACAUAUUAUCUCCAGAGUCUCCAUCUGAAAAUUCCUGGAGCCGUUCCCAACUCCACAGACUCCCAACUGAAUACCUUCCGCUUUCCGGCAGCUUGGCUGACCAUGUUUGAUGCAGUGCUGAUCCUCAUGUUGAUCCCCCUCAAGGAUAAAGUGGUGGACCCCAUCCUCAAACGCAAAGGCCUGCUGCCCUCCCCUCUGAAGAGAAUUGCUGUGGGCAUGUUCUUUGUCAUGUGCUCGGCGGUGGCAGCUGGCAUUUUGGAGACGAAGAGGCUGGACAUUGUCCGCACACAAGGUCCCAUCCCGCAGUCACUCAGUGGAGUUAUAUACUAUGCAGCCGAUCUACCUAUAUGGUGGCAAGUGCCUCAGUACGUCCUCAUCGGUGUCAGCGAAAUCUUUGCUAGUAUUGCAGGUCUGGAGUUUGCCUACUCCGCAGCUCCCCGCUCCAUGCAGAGCGCUAUAAUGGGCCUGUUUUUCUUCUUCUCCGGCAUCGGCUCCUUUGUGGGAUCGGGACUACUUGCUAUCGUCUCUCUCAAAGCCAUCGGCUGGAUGUCCUCGCAUAAAGACUUCGGUAACAUCACGAGUGCACACUGAAUUACUACUUCUUCCUCUUGGCCGCCCAUUCAGGGAGUCACAC